AUGAGGCGAAAGGAGAAGAGGCUGCUGCAGUUCGCCGGGCUGCUCAUAGCGGCUCUCCUCUUCCUCCCCAACGUCGGUCUGUGGUCGCUGUACAGGGACCGAGUGUUCGACAACUCGCCCGACGCGGUGGUGGACGGUCCGGGCGGCAUCCCUGCGAUUCAGGGGGUAAACCGGGUGGGGAAGGACGCCAAAGUGGGUCGCGAUGGCGUGCGGCGGAAAGACUGGCAUGACUACGAGGUGAUCAGAAGAGACGCAGCUCGAUCUGGAAACGGUGAGCAGGGGAAGCCGUUCCCGCUGACGGAGGCUGACAGAGUGGACCAGGCCUACCGGGAGAACGGCUUCAACAUCUACGUCAGCGACAGGAUCUCUCUGAACCGCUCCGUCCCAGACAUACGCCAUCCGAACUGCAAACAGAAGCUGUACUCGGAGAAGCUGCCAAACACCAGCAUCAUCAUCCCGUUUCAUAACGAGGGCUGGUCGUCGCUGCUGAGGACCGUUCACAGCGUGCUCAACCGCUCCCCUCCAGAGCUCAUCGCAGAAAUCAUCCUGGUCGACGACUUCAGCGACAAAGAGCACCUGAAAGUGGCGCUAGAGGAGUACAUGGUGCGGCUGCCGAAGGUUCGCAUCCUGAGGACGAAGAAGAGGGAGGGUCUGAUCAGGACUCGGCUGCUGGGAGCCGAUGCCGCCAAGGGGGAGGUCAUCACCUUCCUGGACUCUCAUUGCGAGGCCAACGUCAACUGGCUGCCCCCUCUGCUGGACCGAAUCGCCCAGAACAGGAAGACCAUCGUGUGCCCGAUGAUAGACGUCAUCGACCACGACAACUUCGGUUAUGAAACGCAGGCGGGCGACGCCAUGCGAGGGGCUUUCGACUGGGAAAUGUACUACAAGCGGAUCCCCAUCCCCGCGGAGCUGCAGAAGGACGACCCCAGUGAGCCGUUUGAGUCUCCUGUGAUGGCAGGUGGACUGUUUGCUGUGGACAGGAAGUGGUUCUGGGAGCUGGGAGGAUACGACACGGGGCUGGAGAUCUGGGGAGGGGAACAGUACGAGAUUUCCUUCAAGGUGUGGAUGUGUGGCGGUCGGAUGGAGGACAUCCCCUGCUCACGGGUGGGACACAUCUACAGGAAAUACGUCCCCUACAAAGUCCCAGGGGGUGUUAGCUUGGCCAGGAACCUGAAGCGGGUGGCAGAGGUGUGGAUGGACGAGUACGCCGAGUACAUCUACCAGCGUCGCCCGGAGUACCGGCACCUGUCUGCUGGAGAUGUGACGACGCAGAAGGAGCUACGCAGCAAACUCAACUGCAAGAACUUCAAGUGGUUCAUGAACGAGGUGGCCUGGGAUCUGCCCAAGCACUACCCGCCCGUGGAGCCCCCUGCUGCCGCGUGGGGAGAGGUCCGUAAUGUGGCCAGUGGAUUGUGCAUGGAGAGUAAACACUUUGUGUCUGGGAGUCCGAUCCGACUGGAAAACUGUGUGAAGGGCCGGGUCGACGUUAGUUGGAGUCACGGACAGGUGUUCACGUUUGGCUGGAGAGAGGACAUCCGGGUGGGCGACCCAAUGCACACCAAGAAAGUCUGCUUCGAUGCCAUUUCCCACCACAGUCCCGUCACGCUGUACGACUGCCAUGGCAUGAAGGGGAACCAGCUGUGGCGCUACAGGAAGGACAAAAGCCUCUACCACCCCAUCAGCAACAGCUGCGUGGACGCCAACGCCAACGAGCGGCGGGUCUUCAUGAACACGUGUGACGCCUCCUCCCCUAGCCAGCAGUGGCUGUUUGAGAGAACCAACAGCACAGUUUUGGAGCACUUUAACCGCGGGACGAACUGAACCCCCGGCCGCUUAGGGAGCCGUGAAGCUGCUGCUGAUGUCGCUGCUAUUGCUGUGAACAGGGGGGGGGGGGGGUAUCCCUGUUUGCCUGGAGCUGGGGGAAGGCUGUUUCUAUUGCAAAGGUGCCAGAAGUAAAUCAAAAGGGGAUAUCGUGGAGGAAAGUUAGAGGAGAGACUGAAAUUGUUCCUGAUCGAUGGGUUUAAAAGUAACUUAAGAGUGUAUUAGUUGCGCUUUGGCAGCGGGUCUGUCUCACUUCCUGGUUUUUUGCUUUUGACUUAUUAUCCCAACAUUCCUCCCCAGUCCUUCUAUCCUCUCUCGCCGUUGGUUCUCUCCGCCCUCCCAGCGCUCACUGUGUGCCUCUGCCCUCCCGUCCGUCUCAAUCUCCCUGCAUGGCUGCACCUUUGCCCACCCUUUCCAUUCUCUCCCUUUUAAAUCCCCUUAUGUCUCUCCAGCUCUGACAACCUCCCUGGAGGGGGGAGGGGGAGGCUUGUGGGAGGGAGGGGGCUGGUUUGUGCUGAGCCAAAGUCGUCCUGACACCCGGUGAAGCCAGGCAGAACCACUCUGAAGAUCAGCCAGCAAGCAGGCUCUCCUCUGCAGCACGGCCCUGCUCCUCGCCUGCAGGCGCAGAGCUGCCGUGAGCGGAGCUGACAGCGAGAGCGAGGGGACGAGACUGCCACCUUCUGCACGCGCUCGGCUCAUCCCCCCCCCCCUCCGUUCUAUGCCCCACUCAGCGUUUAUCCAUGACUCAUUCUCAGAUUUGUCUCUGUGCCGCGUCGGCCUUUCUAUUUUCUUCAAAGGCGGUUGCCAUCUGAUGUUGGGAUCUGUGCCGGCCGGGUCCCGCUGGCCCGUGCUCGGGACAGUAGGACGUCUCUGCAGAACAGAACGAUGCACAUUUGUUUCUGGCUGCAAACCGACCCGUUUCUUAGGCGUCACGCAGAGCUCAGUCGCAACUUUGAAAACUUGAAAUGUGUUUCCCCCCCCCCUCGUGCUCGGCUCUCUGCCCCCACACGUAAACGUUUCUAAGCUGUCCUCUGCUGCUCCCCGGUCCAUUUACCACAACGACCCCGCCACAGACGGACGAGCGGCGGGCCUCGUUCUCCGGCUGCGUGACGGCGAGGCCCGCUGAGUCACGGCAGGCCGAUCCCCGAUUGGCCGGCAGCCGAGCUGAUGCAUCACUUUGGCUGAAUUUCUCUGGACGGUCUCACUGAGGCGGUGCUGGGAUUCAGAUAAACUUGAAGGAAAUAAUGGAAACUUGAAAAUUUAGUGCCUUUUAUUGGACUCAGAAAGUUUGUGUGUUCACAGCAAAAGUUUUUUUUUUCCAGGCAGUCAGAAAGACUUUUGGUGAUUGUAAAAGCUGAAAUGACCCGAUGAAGUGAACGCAUCGCUGUUUGUUCUCGACUCCUGUGAAGCUUUCAAUGUGAACGCACGCCGAAAGCACCGAGCUGGAGACUGUUUUUCCUGGCAUAGUUGCUCCUGCCUUCAAAGGUUAAUUGUAACCUUUGCAGACCUUUCUUAUACCUUGAUCAUGGCAUGAUGCUGUGUUUUCUGUCUUUUUCUCUCCUGUGUUCAAUCCAAAGUACUUUAAUGGCAAAGGGGGGAGGUUCUGGUGUUGGUUUUUAAAUCCUUCUUAUUUCAGAUGUUUUUGCCUGACGUUAUUUAAUUUUUCUCCAUCUUUUAAGAUCCCGAUUGAUUUUUGUUUUCUUUCAGUUAAAAUCAUGCUUUUGUUUCUGGUUGUCCUGGGAUGCUCUGAUUCUGUAAUACAGUUUGCACAGAUAAAAAAAAAAAAUACACUCCCUCAGUUUUGUUCCAGGAUUUUGCCUCAUCACAGUUUUAUUGUUUUCCUGUCUUAUCUGUGUGUUUAUAAACUAGAGACGCACCAAUUCAUUUUCUUUUUCUUAUAAAGUGUGUUAAAACUAUACAAUACUCCCACCAUUUCCAGUCCAUGAACAUAUCAACCAACAGUUUGUGCUUUGAUUAAACUCAAAGUGCAUCAAGGUCAGAUAAAGAUACCUUAACAAGCUUUGAUGCAUUAUUGGGAUAAUCUUGUAUCUGUAAUUUUCAACAAAAAAAAAAAUACGUUUUGUUCUUUUAUACUUUUUGUUUGUGUUAUAACCUUUAGAAUAAAAAUAAAUGCUUGGUUCAAACUAGAGUCGGCAGGUAAAACCUCAAUGAAUUUCAGAAAUUGGAUCUGGGUUGAAGAAAUGUGAACAGUGAAUGCUAAGCAUCUUUCUUCACUCACAUCUCAAAAGACAUAACUUCAUAAAAACGUACAUUUGAGGUUCAUCGUGAACAGAGCUGCCCAACUUUGAAAAAGAGGCUUUUAGAAACUUAUGUAAGGAAGAAAUGCAUAAUCCCCCCCAAAACGCUUCUGCACCGUCUUGUUUUCAUUCAAUCAGCUGUGAAGCAAACACUCAGGAAGCUUUUAAUUCCUCUAAAAGAUCAGCCUGGUGCUUUGCCAGCAGUUCAUACAAACUCUGAAAACAUGCAAUGUAUCUGCAGCGUCCCAUGCACCGGUAUGCAGUCUGUGCUGUUUCUGGGUGGCUGAAGGAAGCAGCUCCCAUUUUGACUUAUUUGUUCACAUUUUACUGUGUGUGCAGAGUCCAGACAUCAUUCCGCAGCAAUAAACUAACGAUUUAAACUUCUUUUCACUUCAAAGAGCUAUGAAAAAACUCUAACAAGUAACCAUAAUAGCGUACUUAUGUCCUGCUCUUGUCAGUGUUGGCUGGGUCAUUUCAUGUGUUUCUGGGUGCCAGUAGUGACCCAGCAGCAGGUUAGCUUGAUCUAACGUUAAAAAAAAGAAAAGAAAAAAGGAUUUUUUUAUCCUUACGUCACUGACUGUGAAACUGAAAAAUAUGUUGAAACCACAAACUGGCCCACAGCUAAAUAUGACAACUGCAGCUGCGUCCACAUCUGUGCCACAAUAUAUCCAGAUAUAGAAAUAGAAAGUUCAUCCAUCUGACGAAUCUCAAAAUAAGUCUUGAUGCAUCAGCUACCGUGAUGUAAGGAAACAAAAAGCAUUUAACGUACAAAGUAACGUUAGCUGUCUGACGUACCCGACACAUGCUUAUUAACAGCAACUUAGGAGUCUUAAUUGCAACUAUAUUGAGGCCUUUCAAAGCAUCCACAGCAGGCUGAGAUUAAAGCGAAAUGUGGUUAGAAAGUCAAAUGAUGGUGCUGUAAAUUUUCAUUUUCAUUCCUAACUUGGCUUGGCCUCCAUCAUAGUGAUGAAUCAUCAGUUUAACAAUAAAUUAGACCGCUACAAUUGCAGGUGGCUUCUGUACAUUAAAAUUUUUAAUUUAAGGACAAAACAUUUUUAUUUAAACUUACUUGACCUUACAGACUCUUUCCCCACUAUUUUUAUAAGAAAUAUGUACAUUGUAUUAUUUGACCUGAAAUAGGUCUUUUAUCUUUUUAGUUGAGGUCCUGAAUCUGUAGCUCAGAAGUCCCUCCUCCCAGCUAGAUGUCUGGACAUGUCGCGCCUCGUAAGAUGUUCAGGGAGUGACAUCUGAUUCACCGACUCUCUCUGGAAGCUCGGUUACCGUCUCAUGACCCAGUGGGCCCAGACUCCUGCAGGCGUCUGACCUUUUCCCAGCCUGAUACCACAUGAGUCUCCUGCUGCUCGUCUCCUCUGUAACACAUAUUCACUCGGACAGAGUUUUAAAAGGACACAUCAGGAGGGAGACAGCCUGGUCAAGGUGUACUGAUUCUGUUUUUGUGGAGAACAUUUGGUGGAGCGACGGAAACACAAGGCAGCUCUUAUUCUAGUUUGAAAAGAAAGAAAUGAGUCAUUGCAGCUUAAAUCUGCUUCACUUCCACCUAUUUAACUGAAAGGAAGCUGAUCUUCAGUGAUAAUUUCUGGCACCUGUUGGUUUGGUAUUUUUGAGCUUUGAGAUCAAACAAAGCGGCACAAAUAGCUCAGCUGUCUGACAUUCCUGAGCAAAGGAGCCUUGAUCUUAUUUUUUACGUUCUUCUUCUUCUUUUUUACCUUUUCAAUUAAAGCAUUUAGGGAAUCGCAAUCCUGUUGCGAUAUCUCCUUUUUAUUCUUCCAUCUAGUCCAGAGCUAUUUUAUCCAGUCUGAUCAGUUCAUGUGGCCUCAGUUUAGCGAGGACACCGCUGAAGCUUUGCCCCUUUGGCUCCUUGACACGUCUAAUGCCGUGUUUUAACGUGUUUGUCCAUCACAAGCUUUUGUUUUGUGUCUGUGAACCUCCCCAAUAGGAUUUACGGCUAUUUUGUCUUUUUAUUGAAGUCUUUGAUUUGAGAUAAAUUAGUGUGUAAACAUUGCAGUUUUUUUAAGAGACGCAAUCACCUUUUAUUUUUUGCUGUAUGGGAAACAUGGCUCGCCACCCAGGGUGCCACUUCAGGUGGGGCGGCACAAGUUUCAAAGCAAAUGACCAGUUCUAACCUGAAUGAGUUUUUUUUUUUUUUUUUUUUAUUGCGAACUUGCAGAACCAGUAAAAGGAGACAGAACAUAAGAAAGCACUGUAAGAAAGUGUGGCCGUAUACUGCAAGAGGCUAAUGAAGAAGACUUCAGGUACUAAAUUUAAGGGUUGUUGCAGAGGUUGUUUUUUUUGGGGGGGGUUGUCUUUUUUAGAGGAAUUUAUGUGAAUUAAACCACCUCUAGUUAAAAUCUAAACCCCAUACACUCAGCUAGCUUGUUUUCCAAUCCCGUUCUUUAGCAGCGUUGGAGUUUUAUGCAAUCCUUAUUCUAUGGGUGAAAACAGACGAUGGGAUGUUCAGGCUGUUUUGGGGAUUAGGAGCACAUCGGAUUGAGACGGGUGUGGAAAACACAAUAGACUAUAAAAUAUGGACUAGAUUCUUUAAAACCUCAGAUUGCAUUUUGGAAACCUUAAAUAUUUUUUGUGUAAAGAGGAGAAUGUGUAUCAGGCAGAGAGGGAGGACUCGCCCAGGGUGCUAUUAAUGUAACAACCCCUGCUGGAGAGAUGAUUCAACUUUGAGUCAUUUGACAUUUAAGCAAUAUUCCCUAAGGAUGUAUUGACAUUUCUUUCAUACUUAAAAAAAAAAAAAACAUAUAAUCAAGUGAUUUGUUCCUACUGUAAAAGCUUCACACCCAGUCUUAAGCUGCAAGCAGACAAACUUUUAAUAAAUCCACUGUGAGCUGCUCAGCAGGACUGAAAACUUAAGAAGGUGUUGACAGUAAAGGAUUUCUAAGUAUGGAAAUUGGACAUAUAUUCUCAGGUUUUGGUGCAGACAUAAAAAAAAGCUAAAUUAACCUCUUAACACUGAGAUUCUUAGUCUAAACACAGGCUUUUUCAUACCUACCAAUUAUCAGUUUCUCUUCAAACAUAUAUUCCCCCUGACAGAUCUGUAAAUGAGGUUUACAACUGAUCAAGCAUGUCUGUUUAUAGAAAAACUAUUUUUAAGCCUUUGUUCAGGUGUCUAAAUGCUUAUGUUUGGACCAAAAUGCUCAAGUCCUAACAGGUUAAGGGUAAAUUAUGACAUAUUUUGUAGAAUCCUUCCCUCUAAAUAUCUGAAGUAAUGCUUUGUGGGCAGAGCUCUGAUUCACCUCCAACUCUCAUUGGCUUUUCUAAAACAAACUCACUUUAUUGUUUCACAGCUAGUCAUUAUGGAAAUGAAAAGACAAUAGUAAUGAGGAAACUUUGAAAACAGGGUGCAGAGGAUGGCUGGGUUUCAGUCUGGAAUCAAAGCUGCAACUUGCAUGAACAUUUGUUCCUGUAAAUAAAGCUGCUGUAUCCCUCGAUGUUUACACUGUUUUGAGCCCCAUCUCUGUAGCUGAACCCUUUCUUUGAAACAGAUUUUGUUAGUUCUUCAAAGGUGUACUAACAUCUGUUCUAUUUAAUUUUUAUGCAUUUUGGUGAAGCACUUCAAACUAAGAUGAUGCAUCUGCAUAAAUUCACCAGGACUCAGAAUGACGGGAUAAAAGCAGUUCAACUACACAAAGUAUUUCCUGCCACUUACUCAGUAAUUUCCUUGCAUUAGAAGGUAAGCUCUGUUGGGAAUAUGUCAUUCAUCUUUAAUGUAACAUUAAAUUAUAGGGUCCCCCCCCCCCCGAUCCCUAGGAUGUCAUGUUUAGAGAAAACUGGCAGAACAAAAUAAAAUUGUGUUUUCUAGGAGUUUUGUCAACUCCACGUGGGAAUGUUGUUGUGUACUCUUUGUAACUGGGAAAACAGAAAAAAACAGAACAAUCCCGUAUUUUUUCUACUGAGAUUACAACUGUAAAACUGUAUUUAGAUAUUUAACAAACUGUUGCAAGUAUGCUGGAGAUGUAAGAUAUUUUGCUGAAACUGUAAAAUAAAAAGGUUUAUAUAUUUGGAGGAAA